CGCUCCAAAAUCCCCAAGAUAUCACGUUAUUUCCCGAACCCUCUUAUUGAGCCUGAAUCAUGUCUUCCGUUUCCGCCAAUUGAUGCUCCAUCGUUUGGCCUGAUCCAGGAGCAGCUCGCCCACAAUCCCUUUCGACUACUCAUUGCUACCAUUUUUCUGAACCGAACCAGAGGCGGAGUUGCUAUCCCAGUUCUUUUUCAAGUUUUCAAUCGUUACCCUACAGUGGAAGCUAUGGCCGCAGCAGAGCUAUCUGGACUAGUUUCAAUAAUGUAUAGCCUGGGGUUUCAAAACCAACGUGCAAAGAAAUGUAUCAGUCUAGCGCAGACAUGGCUUGCAAAUCCCCCCAUUAAAGGAAGACGAUAUCGCGAACUCCACUACCCCCGCAAAAUGGACGGAAGAGACAUUAGCCAGGACGAAUAUAUUGAUGACGAUGAUCCCAGAGUAGCCUGGGAAAUUGCACACCUCCCCGGCGUUGGCACUUACUCUUUGGAUAGCUGGCGGAUCUUCGGCCGGGACGAACUACGAGGGCUUGCACGGGACUGGAACGGAACAGGCGCACAGACAUCGGACUUUAUACCGGAAUGGAAAUCGGUUCUACCCCACGACAAGGAAUUGCGCGCAUAUUUGACCUGGAUGUGGCUCAAAGAGGGAUGGGUCUGGGACCGGGAGACGGGAGAGAGAACAAGGGCGAGCGAGAAGAUGAUGCGAGCGGCGCGGAGAGGAGGGGUGGCGCAUGAGGAGGAGGGGAAUUGGGUAUUGGAGAUGUCACCGGUGAAGAGGGUUGCGAAUGGGCUGACAUGA